UGGUCACUCGGGCUGUUUUGGAGGUCUCAGGCCUGGACCCGACUCUCUCUCACUCAGUCGGCUUUUUCCAGGGCACCCUCUGCCUGGGCUCAGUGUCUGCUCCCUCAGUUCUCCUGCUGCCAAGAUGCUGUCACCACGGACAGUGACCCCUGGGCCAGAGCUGCAGAGCCCCAAGGAGCCUGAGCUGAAAACCCAGACCCCAGCUCAGGGUACUGGGCAGAUCAGCAGUGGAAAGGAGCCCAACGCCCACCAGGAGGAUACCACAAGGCCAGGCCUGGACACCCUGAAGCGGGCCUUCUCCUGGGCAAGCCAGAAGGCCUCUCAGGCUUCCAAGGAGGACCCAGGCCGGCUCAAGCGAAGCUCCCGCUCCCUGUUCCGGUCUCUCCGGCGAACUCCGGAUGAAGGUCUAGCUGCUGGCCACUCCCAGGGGGCUGCUAUGGCAAAGGAGCCCUGUGUGUUCACAGAUGGUGUCAGCCAGCAGGCAUCCACCCGGGUGGGGCCUGGAGACCUGGAACCUGAGGCAGAAGGCAAAUCUGUGGCUGACCUCAUCACUGAGCGGCAGCUGCUAGCUGCUUUCGAACAGCUCCGGUACCUGGAGACAAAGCUAGUAACAGAGAAAGCCUCUCGCACCUUUGAGCAGGACCCCACCGCCUUUGCGCGGCGCGCCAUGGACGUGUGCCUACAUUACGAUGGGCUGGCGGCGGAGAUUGGCGCCAUUGUGCGCGAGACAUUGGGUCCCGAAGGCAUAGACCAGGCCGCGCUUGUUGAAGUGGCCCGGCUGGUGCGCGCAGAAGAGGAGGCCCACCCGGAGCUCCCAGCCGACGGCGACUUCCUGCGCACACCCCGCCACUGGCGCCAGCACUGGGAGGACGCGGUGCGGCGCAGCGCGCAGGAGCGAGUGCAGCGGUCAGACGCCGGGCUGACUUCUGAGCCUGACAAGGGCGCUUCAGACCUAGCCCAGCUUCUGGCAGAGCUUGGUGGCUUGGUUCGACGCGAUCUGCAGAAGGUGCGGCUGGUGGUGCAACCGGCUUACGCGGCCGCCGGCUUCCCAGCAUGGGAAACCUACCUCCGCGCAUUCCACAGCGCGGUGGCCCAGCGCCUGCAGGAGCUCGCGCAAGCCGCCCWCGGCUGUGAGCAGCUCUACCUUCUGCUGGACUGGGCAGCCAAUGUCUAUGGCAGCCCUGACUUCCUGGGCGCCCCGGACCUGGCACUGCUCACGGAACCGCUGCCCCCACUCCUAGCGCCUGACGUGUGGGCUCGACUGGAGAGCGACUACACCAGUUUCUUGGAGACCAAGAUCGCAAGCUGCUUCGAGGGCAUCCUGCAGCUGGAGCAGAAUCGCUGGGCAGCCGGGGAAGCCCCUGAGGUGCUUCAGGGCCUCUACCGUGCAUCCCUGUCCAUUGAUGUCCACAUGCUGGUGGCGGAGCAUGUGAAAGCGGCCGGCGCUAUCUCCGCGGAGCUAGAAGCCACCACCCUGCGGAUCUGCGCGCGGGCGCUGCGCCUGUUCCUGCCCAGGUUUGAAAAGUCUUUUCUGGAGUCGGAGGCGGUGAGCGAGCCGUACCUGGGCGCCUACAUUAACGCCUGCGAGGAGCUGAGGACCAGUCUUCUGGCCAGGUUCCCAGGAACUCUAGAGGAGCUGGAGAAGCCGCUAGUGUCUGCUACCUGUAACUUCCAGAAGCACUUGCUCCAGGGCUUGCAGCAUGAUGUGCAGCCACUCUUCGGGGCCCUGAGCACCAAGAGCUGGCUGACACAGGACACACUGCAUCCCAUCAUGGACAAGGUGGUGGCCUUUGCCCACCACCUCAAGCAUGUAACCCCAACACUGGCAAAGGAGACUCUGCAGGAGGUGCACCGUUACAUUGUCCGGGAGUACCUGGCACAGGCAUUGAGGCCCCGUGAGCGGUUUCGGGGCAUGGAACGUGUGAAUGGCUCCCAGAAGAUGAAUCUGGAUGCCCAGGCAAUCAGUGACACCUUCCAGGGCCUGGGCUCUGAAGCCACAUGGCUUAACCAAGCCAUCCCUUGCGUGGCGGAGAUCCUGGGUGAGAGUUACAAAGAUGACAUCGGACGGCACCUGGAGACACUCAUCCAGAGCUAUCCCGACAUCAGGCAAAACCACAUACUGGCCAUUCUGGCACUGCGCAGACUGCGCCGCCGUCGGAACCAGAGCCUCCUGCAGCAUGCCCAGGACCUGCUGAGGGCUGUGGGCUCAGGAACCGCUCAGGACCGCGUGCUCUUCGCAGAGAUCGAGUUGUCUACUUUUAGGAUCCAGCUGAUCACUUGCAUCCAGGGCUCCCUGGCUUGAGGGGGUCGUCAGGGCGUGGCACUUAGCUCCAGGCUAGGAUUCAGGCGGUCAUUAGGUCAUUAGGCCCUGCCUCCAACUCUGAGGCCCAGAGUCAUGGAAUCUUUGUCCUCAGGCAUGCUUGGCUGCUCAGCAGGAGGCAAAGAUGAAGAUAUUUCAGACAUUUGUGGGGGAGAAUAUUGGAGUAGCAGAAGAUCUCUUUACUGCAGCUGACCAGGAAGAGCUGCUCUGGUAACUAUCCAGCACCAGCACCA